GACUUCCGCCAUGUAAACUGAACUACGACCGUCUACAGGUCGUUUAGUUGUGUUUCAUUUGGUCCUCUUCAUCUACGGAAGCUCACUGUGACACGGAGAGGCCUGUCCGUCUGAAAGCACCAUGAGUCUACGAGAGAUCAGCGAGAACGUGAAGCUGGCCCGCGAAUACGCCUUGCUGGGAAACUACAGCUCUGCCAGCGUUCUUUACCACGGGUUGCUGGAACAAAUCAAGAAGCAUGUGUACACAGUGCGGGACAGCAGUUUUCAGCAGAGGUGGCAGCAGUUGUGGCAGGAAAUCAGCGAAGAGAAUCGACAAGUUCAGGAAAUAAUGUCGACUCUGGAGAGCUUUCAACUGGACACGACGCCCGCUAAACCCAGUACCCUUGACGAUUUCGAAAUAAGGCCUGUGCACGUAGAGCAGCGACAUUCUCCUGGUCCCGUCAGGCGGCCAGCCAACCCCUAUAAAGACAGCAAACCUCCCAACAACAGGCUGAGCGUGGCUGUGAGGGCCCAGCAGAGGCACUCCCCUCGUGGGGCCAAUGGGGACAAAAGCAAACCAUCCAAAGGCAAAGAGAAGAAGGAGUCAAAGGAGGCUGCUGGUAAAGCAAAGGAUGACAAGAACAAAGCAGAUGUCCAGGAGAAAGAAGUGAAGAAGUUUGACGGGACAGGAUACGAUAAAGACCUCAUAGAAGCUCUGGAGAGAGAUAUUAUAUCUCAGAAUCCAAAUGUAAAAUGGGACAACAUUGCAGACCUGGAAGAUGCAAAAAAACUCCUGAAAGAGGCGGUCGUGUUGCCAAUGUGGAUGCCAGCAUUUUUCAAAGGCAUCAGAAGACCGUGGAAGGGAGUGCUUAUGGUGGGACCUCCUGGCACGGGGAAAACACUUUUGGCCAAAGCAGUUGCCACCGAGUGCAGAACCACAUUCUUUAACGUCUCCUCGUCCACUCUCACCUCCAAGUACAGAGGGGAGUCAGAGAAGCUAGUUCGCCUUCUCUUUGAAAUGGCACGUUUUUACGCUCCCACUACGAUCUUCAUUGAUGAAAUUGACUCCAUGUGCAGCCGUAGAGGGACUUCAGAGGAACACGAGGCCAGCCGGAGAGUCAAGGCAGAGCUACUGGUGCAGAUGGAUGGUGUUGGUGGAGCGUCAGAAAACGAUGAUCCAUCAAAGAUGGUGAUGGUGCUGGCUGCCACCAACUUCCCGUGGGACAUUGAUGAGGCUCUGAGAAGACGGCUGGAGAAGAGGAUCUACAUUCCUCUGCCUUCAACCGAAGGGCGAGUGGAGCUGCUCAGGAUCAACCUGACGGAGCUGGAGCUGUCCAGUGAUGUGGACUUGGACAAGAUUGCGGAGAAGUUGGAGGGUUACUCAGGAGCCGACAUUACCAAUGUGUGCAGGGACGCCUCUCUGAUGGCCAUGAGACGGAGAAUCGAGGGCCUCACGCCAGAGGAGAUCCGUAACAUCUCCCGGGACGAGAUGCACAUGCCCACCACCAUGGAGGACUUUGAGUCCGCUAUGAAGAAAGUGUCCAAAUCCGUGUCUGCCACUGACCUGGAGAAGUAUGAAAAGUGGAUCGAAGAGUUUGGGUCCUGCUGAAAAACACCAGCAUCCGAAACAUGUAACUAUUGUUGUAGGACGAUGAGUUAGUGUGUGGCAGGUUGUUAAGGUGGAUUCUCCUGAAUCAUUCAGCUGAUGUUGAACAGUAGGUUUAUAUUUAAGGUAAAUACAUGCUCUUUAAAAGUGGCAACUCUUUAUAUUGUACAUUAUGUUAAUGUUGUGCAAAAAUCUAGAAAACAAUGACUCAAAAGUAAACUUGAUGUCUGAAAAUGCUUGAUAUUUAUCACAAAUUAGGACAUUUGUUUAAAGGAUCCUGAAAUCAGCAACAUGUUCAACAUAUUGAAGACAAAUUCAACUGUAGCUUUGAGUAAAAACUGACAAUUGUGAGGACAUUCAUUUUUAGUUGAUAUAAUUUCCAGAGAUGUUUUACUGCCACUUUGCUUUCCCAAGUGUCAUAAUAUUUGCUUUGUGCCAUUGUAUUUAAAUGUAUCAAAUGUUACACCUGUUUUGUUUCAUUUUCUCCUUUUUUUUAACGCACUUGAUUCUAUGUGUGUGAACUGUGUGGUUUUUUUUUUUCACAUUUUUGGAGAUAACACUAACAAAUA